UUUUGGUCUCACCGUUCUAGAGACUCCAAGAAUAAAAAAAAGCGCGAUUAGUUUACAUUAUAUUUCAUUAAUGAUGAUAUUCGUAUUUUCGUAUGCAUUAGAAUUAAUAAUAUGACUUAAAUAACAGUAUUAACAUAUAUUUAGUCUUUCAAAAGUAAAACGAAAACUGAAAAGCGCCUUGGUACCGGCAUUUUAUUUGCCGCCAGGUACAGCCGGCGGUAUCGUUUCAAAACUUCAAAACUAUUUAAAAAUGAGAGAUGUAUAAAACUAAAACUUCCCCGCUUUUCUGAUUCCUAAAUUUUCUAAUUUAUUAUAUUUUUAUUUUUUCUUUAACAUUGUACAUGUGUACCUGUUUUAAUCGGAUAACACUUGAAGUUAUUGAUCAAAUAUAGAAACUCGGAAAGCAUGCGCACUUUACUUACUCACGGAUUAUAAGAGAAUGUUGUCCUCUAACGUUAUACAAAUUUGUAUUCAUCUUUUUACGAUCCUGUAUUGUGUGGCUGGUGAAAUUUUAUUGAACAAAAAUGAAAAACGCGCCAGCUUUAGAAACAAUUAUCAAAUGUGUUUCGAGAGUUUCAAUGUCCUCGAAAAUAAAAUUAUUCGAACUCAGGAAUCUCGGGACAUGGGUGCUAAGUACUUGAAAGAAAUGGAUGUUAAUUCCAGAAGCGAAUGCUUACGAUUCUGUUGUGAUACAAAAAAUUGUGACGUGUUUAUUUUCGAAGAAAAGAAACCUGGAAGUUGUUACCUUUUCCAAUGUGGGCCAUCGCACGAUUUCAAAUGUAAAUUUACCAAUCAUGCUAAUUACAGUAGUGCAAUACACACCAAUUACAACAGUGAAGGCAAUGCACAACUUGAACAAGAGAUUCGAAUUUCUCAACAAGAACACGAAUUGAAAUCCCUCAGAAAAUUAGGAGACAUAGCACCAGCAGAAUAUUCAUUCACAGAACCCCCUAUCAAAUUAAUUGCAACUUUAGCACCAAAGCUAUCGUUAACAACAACUCCACCUAUUAAGCAAGGUUGCAGGCCUAAUCAAUACAAAUGCCGAUCUUCUGGAGAGUGUAUAGCAGUAUAUAAUGUAUGCGAUGGCAUUCCACAAUGUGCAGAUGAAUCUGAUGAAGCAGCAGACGAAUGUCCUACAGAGAAACCAACGAUUUCUCCUAUAAUUCAAGGACCCCAACCACCUCCACCACCUUUACCUAUCGACAACAUAAAAUAUCAACAAAUGGUUGAUCAACAUAAAUUUCCUGUUCCCCAAUAUGCCCAUCCAGAAGUUAAUUCUUGGAUGUUACCUAAUUCAGACCAACAAAUGAUUCCAAGACCCAUUUCAUACCCAGCGCAGCAAAUGGAAAUACUUCCAAUACAUAAAGGUUACGGUGCCCCAGGAUACCAAUGGAAUCUUCAACCUAUCUACGAUCAAAACAAGGACAUGUAUAAUCCUAUUAAUUCUUUUCAUGAACAGAGCAACUUGAAUCGUUAUGAACAUCAGCCACAUAGUUUUAAUCAUAAGGGGUCAAGUGUUAUAGGAGAAAAAGAGACAGAUGGGGGUGCGUAUUUAGAUGAAAGACCUCCAUACAUCUCACAUUUUGGAUCAUCAAAUAGAGGACCAUGGCAAAAUACACAAAUUUUUCCAUCUCCGUCCCCAAUACCGAACUUGCCACCAAAGCAAAUUGAUGAAUUAGAAAAUAACGUCGCGAGUACAGUAACACCUCCUUGCGAUAUAUCGAGUGAGCAAAGAUACAUAUCAAAAAGCAAGGAAGUGAAAAAGACUACUCAACAAGGAGAGAAGCAUGCUGCCCAUGAAAAAGAAAUCGAUCAAAAUGACGCUAAACAAAAUACAUUAAAAAUCGAAACACCAAAAUUAAAUCAUGCAAACGGAAAAGAGCCGAAAGAACAUAAAAGUGUAAUAGUUAUCAAAGACCACAGCAGAGAGCAUGGUAGGAAUACUAUAAUAGCGGAUCAUUUGAAGCAACCCAACGAAAUCGAGGUUUUAAAACCCAGAGGAGCUGUUAUAUCAUUAGCUUUAGGACUUACGAUAACAGCAAUUACAGCUACAUUGAUAGCUUGCCGUUUAAGAGUUGUUCGAAGACGCGGAAGACGGCAUGGACCAUACGCUCAUGACGCGGAUUAUUUAGUAAAUGGAAUGUAUCUUUAAAUGAAUACGUAUGAUGUAUAUACACGAAUCUGACUGAUCUAUAUAAUUCAGGAUAAAUAUAGAUAUAAAAUUGUUGUACAGUGGAAUCUGUAUCCAUCGUUCUUGAAAGGAUCUAUCAACCUAAACGAUGAAUGAGGGAAAAUCAUAGAUACGGGAAUGUACAACGACGGAAAUGGAUGGAAUAAACGGCACAUAAGGGAAAACGAUUAUUCGAGAAACGAUCGAUCAAGAUUUCACUGUAUUAUUACAAUCGUGUUAUGUGCGUAAGCAUUUUUAUGCUGAAUAUAGUAUUGUUUCUAAAGA